CUCACUAUAAAUAAUUGCAUUUCGUAUUUAUAUUUCACUAUAAUAUAUUCUUAAUUGAUCAAGGAUGAAAACUAAGACUUUUAUCUUGAUGUUCAUUCUAUGUGCAUUAAUUAUCAAUUUUGUUAUGGGAGUUGAACCAUUCAAAGAUGAAAAACAGUUUGGUGCAAUAGAAGAAACCAAAACAAAUAUUGGGAUACGUGAACGGGUAGUCUGGACUAAGAGUUGGACCAAUUGGAGAAGCCGUGGAGCACCAGUUAAGGGGGUUGGAGGAGGAAAGUUAGGUGGACAAGGCUCAAGUGGAUCGGUCUCUGAAGGAGGUGCAAAAAGUAUAGGUGAACAAAACGAAAGUGGAAAAGACAAAGGAAGUGAACCGAUGGAAGAGGAAGAUGAGAAAAUUUAAAUUUAAAAAAAAAAUUAAGAAUGUUGGAGAAAUUUGAGGAUUGAGAAUAUGGUUUAGGUAUUGCAAAUAGAGGCAUGUGUAGUGACGGAUCUAAAAAUAUAUCUUAUGGGGGAAUAUUUUGUAUUUAUAUUACAAAAUAAAUAAGUUUGUGGGAGAAUAUUUUGCA